GGCGUCCACCAUGCUAAACUGAGCAGCGCCAAGGGAGAGCUGUGUCGCCGCGGGGCAGCACACAAGGCUCCGACGCUGCCCAAGUAGGCCCAUCCGCGACCAAGGAGCCUCAAGACGCCGACGAGGAAACCGCCUCCCAGGAGACAGCCGCACCAAGAGGCAGAGCCACAGCAAAGAGACAGCACAACAAAAAUGGCCCCCGGCGGCCCCAAGGACCCGCCGCCCUAUGCUAAACCCCUCAUCUUUGAUCCCAGGACCAUGUCCUCGCCGGCCGUUACGGUAAGGAAGGUGCGAGGGCCCUACCUCGACAAGCUCGUGUCGAGCAUGCACAGCCCGCACGCCGACGCGGCCGUCUGGCGGAAUAUGGCGCGCAAAUUCCCGGUCGUGCCGGAUUUGACCCAUACGGGGAUGAGGACCGUGGACAUCGGCGAACACGAGGAGGACUUCACGAGACCCGACGGCCGCACGACAAAGGCGUUGCGGGAAACGAUCAAGACGCAGAUGAAGGGCAUCCCCGACCCGAACACGUCGCAAGACGUGCGACUGAGAGAUGCCGCGCGCAACGUGAGGCCGCGGGGGCUCGACGCGAAAUCUCUGGCCUCGUACGGCACGUACGCACCACCUUCCAGGGCGGACGCCGGCGAGUCGCUCGAGGAGGCCGUCUAUGCGAGGGCGGGCGAAUUGGGCCGGGACCGCUACGGCCGCAACAAGCGCACGCCCGCUCCGUUCUCGACGGCGUCGCUCGUGGACGCGAUGCUCGCGGUCGAGUACGGGUAACUAUCCUUUACUGCC